AUGGCUACUGUUCGAAAUGGAAAAUUAGAUCAUUCUUGUCAACAUUUUUGUGCUAAAUGUCGUUCGCAUGAUACCCAUGAUCUAUCUUUGGAUACAACUCAUUUAUCAGUACCAAUCACGGAUGCAAAUCCAACUGGAAAUCCAUACGAAAAUACACCGUCACCAUCGUCAAAUGCAUCAACAACUAUAAUAAAAAGACCAUCGAAGUAUGGCCAUCGGAUACUUUCGUCUACUUUAAAACAUGAUCAUUUCAAUAUGUCGCUCAAGCGUCAUUCUCGUUGUGAUAAACUUUUUAAUUAUACACAAAUGAUCAAUCGAAAAUAUAUGACGUCGAUGGCGAAAGUUUUGUUUCAAAUGCAAAAACAAAUUUAUAAAUUAAAACGACGUACAAAUCGUGUCGAACAAGUCUUUAUUAAACAAGUAAAAUCUGUACAACCAAUUCUUCGUAUCCCUCGUUUAACAAAAGAUCAACUUACAAACGUUUCUAUUCAUAAUGAUGAUGAUGAUAAUGGUGACGUUUUACACGAUACUGAAACAAUACCGGAUAAUAAUAAUAAUAACAUUAAACUUUCACCAAAUACAAAAAAGAAUCUGAAACGUUUGAACAAACAUAAACAAUCGAAAAAAUCUCGUUCAACUAUAUGGAUUAAUAAUCGGCAAAAACCUGUUGAUCUGAAUAAAUAUUGUUCAUCGUGUCGACAUGAAUUUUCCAAGCGAUCGAAUUUUUUAAUACAUAUUAGAAAUAUUCAUAAGGGUGUAUUGCCAACAAUAAUAAAUGAACGUAAUCAAUCAUUAUUAGAAAUUAAUGAAGGAAAUAUAGAGAAAGAUUUCAAUGAAAAUAUAACAGAUAGUUCACAAUGUGAAACUACAAAUGAUCAAUCAGUUGAUCAAUUGGAUACUAGUAAUAAUAGAUUACAUCGACGUACAGUUACUAAAUCAAUUCAUGAACCACAAGUGCAUGAGAAAGUUAAAUGUGAUAUUUGUAAUAAAUUGUAUCGUGUUACUUUUAUCAAGGUGCAUAAAAGACGUGCUCAUUCCGAUAAAGAAUUUCUAUCAACAUCAAGUGAAAUAAACAAUAAUGUAGAACAUUGUGACUCAGUUUCUGACAAAGGCAAUGAUCAAGAUGUAUUAUCCAAUGACAAUUCUACAUCGAUUGGUGCAUUGGAUAUACAAAAUAUAAAUACACCAGCUGCAAUUACAAUAUCUGAUAUGGAUACUGACGAUGUACCAAUUCGAUUUUGUGCGGAUAUGACUAGACCAAUUGUUAUUGCUGUCACAUGUCUUGAAAGUUACCAAUUAGAUUUAGUUGAGCAAUUUUUAGGAAAAUUUUCAUCGCAUGUUUGUCAGACAACAUCAAUCGAUUCUCGUACUACACAUUUAAUAACCAAUGAUGAUAAACACUCAUUACGUUCACCAUUAUCGAUGAAAUUAAUUGAAGCUAUUGCUCAUCAUUGUUUUUGUGUAUCGUAUCGUUGGAUUAUCGAUUGUCUUAAAUAUGAUCGUAUUAUUGAAGAAGAAUCCUAUGAAAUCGAAGGUGAUGAUACGGACGUUCAUCCACAUGGUGGUCCACGUCGUUCGCGAUUAAUUAAAAGUCAACAUUCACUCUUUCAAAAUAUAUGUUUUAUGAUUAAAUGUACAGAAAAUCCUGAUAUAAGAAUGACCAAUGAACGCUUAGAAGAUUUAAUAACAACCUGUGGUGGACAAAUUAUAACCUGUGUUACACAACGAUUACUUGACCGAUAUCAAAUAAUUGUUCUUUGUGAUAUGCUAUAUGUAUCUGAACGACGUCACAAUUAUGAUCAAUGUCGCUCAUUAGGAAUACAUUUUGUAUCGUCUGAUUGGGUGCUUGAAUCAAUACUUGAAUAUCGUCAGAAACCAUUUUCAUUAUUCGAGGAAGUGCCUCUGUGA